GGGAGAAAAGGGCAUUAACAGAGUUACACCGGCAGGGUGUAGCUCUACGAUGCAAAAAAACGGACUCCUCAGCAGGAGCAGCCUGUGUGGCGCUCGGCCAACUGAAUCCACAGGUGGGUGGGAGGUCAUGGGAAAGCAAAGAGCACAGUGAGUGCCUCCAUCUUUAUGACCUCGAUGCAGAGACCACAAUCUGAAGGCGGGGGGGUAGGUAGGGUUUUCACAACAUUUGUCUGCAUUCCUUCCAUUGUGGGGGUUUUUGCACGCAACUCCAAGGCUGCUUAUGGCGUCAGAUUGAAUAACAGAACUUUGUUUGGGUCAGGCAGAGAUAAUUUUCCUCUCUGCCUUAAAGUCUGUAUUGACCAUUCAAGUCCUCCAGUGAAGCCAAUUCGGUGAUUAAACAUCUCCACACCGUCCAGUGACCCUCUCUGAGAUGACAUCCAUUUUGUGCACUAACACCGGUAACACAGCUAAGACAUUGUCCAGCUUGCGAUUCACCUCGAGUAACGUCCCAGUCUGUGAGGUCUCCGCCCGGACGGUGCCGUCCAUGGGUGCGGGUCGCCCUCCAAUCGCUCCCGUCAUCCCAAUUUUUUGGAAAACCAGAUAUCCUCCCACUCCAAUCAGAAGAAAUCCAGUGAUCAUCAGGCCAAAUAUCCACACAUAUUCAACGUCCUCAAUGGACAGCUGAGAGAGACAGAUGACAUUCCACUUCUUCCAGGAAUCGAGCAUAUAUCCCGCUGCGUGUGUCCCGUGAGGGCAAGCGCGAGCCCCCUCCUCCGUUCUCAUCGUAGAAAAAAUCUUAUCUAUCGCGUUGAAUGACGAAUUAAUUAAAUCCAUUUCUGAAAAAUAGUGAUUUCCAGAGGAAAUGCAGAGAAGCGCUCUGUAGGCAGACGGGACAAAAAGAGCCUUGGGAAAAAGAUAAGGGAGCAAAGCAGAAGCGACUGUGCUCUGUGAGUGCCAGAAGAGAGAAUUUGAGACUCAAAUCAGUUUUCUCACUUUUCUCACAAGAUUACUUCUCCUCUGUGCAUAAUCCAGUCACCGGUUGGUGCUCCACAGCAAAGAGCAAUGACGUACAAAAGCAAAAAGAAGGCUGGAGCACUCAAAGUGACCAAAUAUUUAAUAGUUGCAAGCACAAAAACGGACUAACUUUUGACACCUGCCUGUGUCUUCAUCAGUAACAUACUUACUCUGAUGAAGACAGAUGUCGACACAUUAGUCCAUUUUUGUGCUUGCACCUAUGAAAUAUUUUGUCACUUUGAAUGCUCCUGCCUUCUUUUUGCUUUUCUCACAAGAUUGUUUUUACUUGUAAAAACUUCCCAGAAGUGCCCAGAUGCCACGGUUGUGUAAAAAAAACUUGCAAACCUUCGAUAUUGUCAUACAAAUGUAACACUCUGAAAUAUACUUAUAUUUUUAGAUCAAAGAACAAAUAAGGUGGCAUCACUAAUUUCCAAAGUAUAACCUUGUACGUUUUAACAGUUUUUAUAAAUUUUACAUGUAAUUUUCAUAUUUGCCAUAGACAUUUGGAAAUCUGCAUAAAACAGUCAUUGUACUAAAACCAUGUUUAAAAUAUCAUUACGAGUCCUUAGUGUUUUCUAACAUGACGACUCCUGGUUUCAGAGGGCUAAAGAAGCAAAAACACCAGGUCCACAUCUCCAUUCCCCCCAAAAAAAUCAUGACCCAAAAAAUAAAACAAAAUGUUCUAAAAAUUAAGACAUUUAAUUUUUAGAGAACUUAACAAAUAUAUUUAACAUCCCCUGCUAAAUAAAUUAUUCAAUAAUAAUUAAGUACAAAAUACUCCAAAAUGUCUGAGGUGUAAUUUUUUUAUCUUUAUGACAGCCACUCUAAGGCAAACAUUAAGCUCUUUUUGAACAUUGUUUUAUAUGAUACAUAAACAUGCACUAUUGAUAGUUGAAAUCUAUUCAUUAAUUGGCUUUUGUGAGACUAAAAACAUUCAUAUUUCCUAAUUAUCCAUCCAUUUUCAUUCAUUUAUCGUGUUAGGUUGCAGGAGCAGUAGCCCAACCAGCGAGGCCCAGACUUCCCUCUUCCCAGCCACUUGGGCCAGCUCAUUGAAUUGCUUCUGUGUAAAAUGUGCAACAUUAUUAAAGCUGCCUUGCCUCCUCUGGGGGAAUGCGGAGGCAUUUGCAGGUGAGAUGAGAAACAUAGCAUGUCCUGGGUCUUUCCUUAGGCCUCCUCCUGGUUGGACGUGCUGAGAUAACGUCACCAGGAAGAUGUCCACGAGGCAUUCUAACCAGAUGCCUGAGCCACUUCAUCUGGCUCCUCCUCGAUGUGGAGCCAGAUGAAUGUGGAUGUGGAUCUCCAAACCCCUCCAAGAUGACUGAAUGUCUCACCCUAUCUCUAAGAGAAAGCCCACACACCCUGUGGAGAAAACUCAUUUUGGCCACACGUAUCCGUGAUCUCAUUCUUUCAGUCACCACCCAAAGCUCGUGACCGUAGGUGAGGGCUGGCAUUUAGAAUGAACCGAACAUUGAGAGCUUCUUCCAGCUGAGCUCUCUCUUCACCACGACAAACCGGUACAAUGCCCGCAUCACUGCAGACACAUUUUCUAAUUAUUUUCAGAUGAUUAAAUAUUAACUAAGUAAGAAUCCAAAAAAAAAACAACACACAACUCAUAUAAUUUGCUAUUAGAUAAUUAUGACUACAGCUGUAAUCACAAAACACUUUCCAAAUGAUUUGUACCUGUAAAUAUCAAUAAAUAACUUUGCUAUUUGGUUCCAAGUGUGUGUCUCUUGCCUCAUCGACAAUGCAGCCCUCCUCCCAUCAUUUGCCUGGUGCUAUCUCACUCAGACUGCACACCCACCACAGCUGCAGAUGUGGGCCUGACACAUGACUCGUGUUCACAACCCUUUAGGGCCGGUAGAAUCUUGGACGCACUCCGCUGUCAGCUGAAGAAGCUCUUUUGAUUUUUCCUCUUGCAUGUCAUCAUGCACUGGACUUUAGCUGGAUUCUGUGGGCUAGCACUGACCAGUCUGUCAGUCGCCUUGCAAAUCAGCCAGAAGCCUCGGUUUUAUGGGGUGAAAACUGGCCACAGUGUGGGGAUUUACUGUUCUUCUUCACUAAAGCAUCUGAACAGCACUGUGAAGUGGUACAAGGCCGAUGAAUACAACACAGAGAAGAUGGAGAUUCAGACCGAUGAAAGGAUUACGCUUGAACGUAAGGAUUUGAUUCAAAAUGCUUUCCUUUACCUCAGCGCGCUCCAAACACAGGACAGUGGGGUUUAUUUCUGCAAAAUAAACAACACCUGGGGGCCGGGAACCAAACUGCAAGUAGUCCGACCCAUUGACCUUUCUGCUACCUUGUACAGGAGCAAGGUGAAGGAUGGUCUCAUUGUUCUGCAGGGCCUGAUGUUGGCAGCAUGCAUUACUGCUGUGCUGCUGCGCAAACACAAACUGGUGGAAACCAGUGACAGCAUUUAUGAGGAGCCUGAAACUCACCACAUCUAUGAGGGCUUGGCGAUCGAAACGUGUGAAGGAGCUCUGUAUGAGGACCUUUCUUUGUAUCAGACUGAAGGAGCCGAGGCCCCCUGGGAGUGAGACUGACACCUACAAAUACUCAGAACAUGUUCGUGGAGGUUUUUUGAUGGAAACAACACAUCAGAUGUACCGAUACAUGUGUUUCUUCAAGACGUGCAGUUUGAAUCAUUUUAUAUGCUGGCCACACCCUGGGCAGAACACAUCUGAGCUUUUUUUUUUUUUUUUUACCAACGCACAUACUGAACUUAACAGUAAAAACUGAAAUCAAAUCUUAAAGAGGAGGUUGACUUAGAAACAAUUUUUUGUUAUUUUUGAAAAUGAUCUCUCUGAGUUUUUCAUGCAGGCUGAACAUGAAAAUAGUCUCCUACACAUCUCCUGCAUUAGCUUCUGAUAGAAAAUAGAUGGUGAAGCUUCUGAUAGAAAAUAGAUGGUGAAACGUUGAGAUUUCAAAAAUCCUGACAGAUCUACGUCACACUGUCACUUAAAAUUCAUGCACUCACUCAUCUCGACUCACAACGAGGAAGGUUGUAGUUGGUUUAGCGUCCAGGAAUCAGCAGAGAAAGUCUCGGCUGGCAGAAGCUAACCGUUAGCAUUAGCAACUCCACUACACAGCAGAACUCCUUCAGGCUUGUGUUAUUAGUGGAAAUAAAACAUCCAUGUUGCAAAGCAAACAGAGUUAGUGGUAGAGUUGCGUUACUGUUAGCCUAUCAGAGGCGAGAUGUCCAAAUAUGAGGAAAUAAGACUCCCAAUUCUGUCAUCUGAAGCUACUCUCCUCCCGCUGACUUUUACAUCCUCAAACAUGCACUCCUGGGCCCCCAAAUUGCGAAUUACAAGGCAUUCAUUCCUACAAGAGACCGCUGCAAAUGUGUUUAAAAUAUGACAAAAGUUGACCUUUAAAUUAUAUGAGGCAUUUUAAAAUGAAAUUAAUAAAUACAUUAUUAUAACUUUCUUUUAAUUCUUGCAAUAUCGCUAUCUUCCUUAUGGGUCAAAAUUGUUAACAGACAAAGAAACCCUUCUAGCUUUUUUUUCUUAGUGUGGACAUUAAAAUGUAACAGCAUUCUUUAAGAAAACAGCUUUUAUCUUUGCUGCAUUGUUUUCUAAUUAUUUUAUUAACUCUUGAUAAUAACUCAAACAUUAAAACUUCACUCAGUUUUUUUUUUAUUUUAUUUAGGUGAUUUGGGUAGUUUUGUAUAGAGUGUGUGUAAAAUUAUUUUUGCUUACUUGAAUAUUUCACACAUUCACCUGGUGUUUACUAACAGUGUUUGUUAUGUUUGUAGUAAUAAACAGAUUUCAA